CUGACAUGGAUGGUGCUGAUGCCAGUCUUUGGUCCGCUUCGCAUGGUAGCACAGUAGUCUUGAACACAUAUCAUACUUGAGCACGUGCCAUUACUGUGCGAAAGAUCACCGGACCACGAUUGAACGGGUAAUUACCGUCAAAUCAACCGGAAUCGCGUCUGUGCAAUCAACCGAGCUUAUUAAAGCGUCUUCGAGUGUUCCUCCUUCUCCGACGUGCUUCGACGUUUUACUUUUAUUUAUAUUUGCGUUGCGUUACGCUACUCUUCCGGAACAGACACUUCUUUAUAUCGGAAUCGAACAGGAAGACGAUCCGUGUUUUCAUCAUCAUCCGAGAACAACAUCUCCGACGCCGCCGACCCCAAAGCCCUCUGUAUAUCCACGAGGUGUCCGCAAUAGUUCAGGCUGGGAGCAACAUCCGGACCCGUCCCGACUCCGGGCGGGUUUUCUCCCGUCAUCUCUACGGCCAAGACACUGUCGCUGCGUGAUCCCACCUGUACGGAGACCUUCUGGAAGAUGCCACAUAAAGAAGAAGAUCUAAUGCAUCAUGCAGCCAUGAGCCAGAACGCGAUCUUCGGUUGCUCGACGGCCGGACACAGUGGCAUCAAUCAAUUAGGUGGCGUUUACGUGAACGGUCGCCCGCUUCCGGAUUCCACGCGGCAGAAGAUCGUGGAGCUGGCACAUUCCGGUGCUCGGCCCUGCGACAUCUCGCGCAUCCUGCAGGUCUCCAACGGAUGCGUCUCGAAGAUCUUGGGAAGAUACUACGAGACCGGUUCAAUUAAACCGAGAGCGAUAGGAGGUUCCAAACCAAGGGUAGCGACGCAGCCCGUCGUCAACAAGAUCGCAGAUUUUAAGAGGGAAUGCCCGUCGAUCUUCGCAUGGGAAAUCAGAGAUCGAUUGCUAUCAGAGGGUGUAUGCAAUAACGACAACAUUCCAAGCGUAUCGUCCAUAAACCGCGUCCUCCGCAAUCUUGCUUCUCAAAAGGAACAGCAGGCUUCAGCUCAGAACGAAUCCGUCUACGACAAACUGCGUAUGUUCAAUGGACAAGCACCAGGAUGGGCAUGGUAUCCAGGAACGCCAACCACGCCGCAUCUCAGUUUACCACCAGCACCUUCAGCGCUAACUAGUCAAAUCACACGAGACGAUCUCCAGAAACGAGCUGAGGUCUUGCACGAGAACACAUCCGACGGCAACUCCGAGCACAACUCUUCUGGAGAUGAAGACUCGCAACUUCGUCUGAGGCUGAAGCGGAAGCUGCAAAGGAACCGCACUUCUUUCACCAACGAGCAGAUCGACAGCUUGGAAAAAGACAAUGGUUUGAUUGCAGAAUUCGAGAGGACCCACUAUCCGGACGUGUUCGCGCGGGAGAGACUAGCUGAGAAAAUAGGAUUACCUGAGGCACGUAUCCAGGUCUGGUUCAGCAAUAGACGUGCAAAGUGGCGUCGCGAAGAGAAGCUGAGGAACCAGAGGAGAGCCGUGGAACAGGUCGCAGUCAGCCCACCGUCGUCAGCUGGAAGACUGCCCAUCAAUUCGGGAUUCAAUUCGAUGUACUCGUCGAUUCCUCAGCCCAUCGCCACAAUGGCCGACACAUAUAGCUCAAUGUCCGGCGGUUUAAGUAGUAGUUGUCUCCAGCAGAGAGAUCCCAGUGGAUAUCCCUACAUGUUCCACGAUCCUCUGCAUUCCCUCAGCUCCUCGUACAACUCGAGGGCAGCCGCCGCCGCCUGCAAUCCAGCAGUGGCACACGCACAGCAGACAACGCAUCCAGCAUAUGCAUCAUCUGCCACACCAACGUCUGUACCAUCCACUGGAACUGGUAAGUUCUUCCUUUACCACUACUAAUUUAGUUUUUCACUUACGUGCUGCUACUCAUUAAU